AUGUUGCGUGUCAAGACACUCUUGGCAGCGCUGUUGAUGGGCACAUUGGCCCAUGCCCAAUUUACUAUGCUUGAGUCCGUGAUGGACCGCAUGUUGGCCAGCACCCAGCAUGUCUUCCAUGCCCUGGGUGAAUCAGCUUCGCACUGGACGACGCCACACUACCAAGAAGCGGCGUCGGACGCAUGGCACAAGAUGGAACAAGAUGCUGUGGCUUGGAUGGAGGCAGGUAUGGAGACGGUCGGCGGUAUGACCUACCAGAAGCUCCUGCACCCUGCUUUCCCCGACUAUCAGCUGCGUUUGGCGGUCGAGUCAUCGGAGCAAAAGGCUCAGUUCUGCGAUCCGGACGUCAAGCAAAUCAAGGGCUACCUGGACAUUCGCGAUGAUGCGCACCUGUGGUUUAUUCUGUACGAAAGUCGUUCCAACCCAGAGACGGAUCCUCUCGUCAUGUGGCUCAAUGGUGGCCCUGGCUGCUCGUCGAGUACCGGAAUGCUCAUGGAGCUUGGUCCAUGCUGGGUGUCUGACGAGGGCGAGAAGACGUCGUACAAUGAGUACGCAUGGAAUUCAAAGGCCAACCUACUGUUCCUGGACCAGCCGCUCCAGGUAGGUUACUCGUACUCGGACAGUGGGGAGAUGGUCGACAAUUCGGACAAGUCGGCAGAGGAUGUGUACGCCUUCCUGCAGCUGUUCUUCACACGCUUCCCGAAGUACGCGGCACUGCCCUUUUCCGUCGCUGCGGAAUCGUACGGUGGCCACUAUGCUCCGCAUAUCGGCGCAGAAAUCCAAAAGCGCAACAAGGAGCUGGCGCAGACCCCGCCAGGCGCCAACGUCACGGCAGCGGUGCCCAUCCGUUUGGAAUCGCUUAUGAUUGGUAAUGGCCUAACAGAUCCGAAGAUCCAGUUCCCGAGCGUCGUAGACUUUGCGUGCUCACCCGACAACAAGUACCACUUGUUCGAGCCUGACAGCGAAGUGUGUCAGUCGCUGGAGAGCAAGUCGCAGAUCUGCUCGACAUUGAUUGACGCCUGUGAGCAGUUGGACUCGCGUAUCUCAUGUGUCCCUGCGGCACUGUACUGCUGGGGUAGUCUCUACGGCCCAGCACAGGACUCGGGUCGCAACUUGUACGAUGUGCGUCGCUCGUGCGAUCGUGAGAAGGACGGCCAGUUGUGCUUCCGCGAGAUGGGCUACAUCGAAGCACUGAUGAACAAGCCCAAGGUCAAGAGCAUGCUCGGUGUGCCUGAGCAGGUACAGUUCCAGAGCUGCAACAUGGACGUCAACGGCCGUUUCAUGAUGCAAGGCGACUCGAUCAAGAACAGUGCCACCUUGCUGGAGCCCCUGCUAGAAGACGGCAUCCGUGUCUUGCUCUACGCUGGUGAGACGGACUUUAUGUGCAAUGCGAUCGGCAUUCACCAGUGGGUCCUGGACUUCCCGAACGUGUACCAUGAAGCGAUCAACAAUGCAACAGAGGUGCCUUUCUUCACGCGGAGUGAGAACGGAGCCAAGCCACGCAAGGGUGGUUACGUGAUCAAGGCGGGUCAAGGUGCCGGCAACCUGGCCUUUGCGUGGAUCAGCCGUGCUGGUCAUAUGGUGCCGCAUGAUCAACCAGCGCUAGCGCUGCACAUGCUCAACCGCUGGCUUGCGAACAAGGAUUUGACCAUGUAG